AUGACAGUCUCUUACGGAACGAGUAUACCACGCCGACGAAGCGUGUUCAACCUUUGGAAUCAGAAAAGAGUCACUCCCCUUCGCAGCAAACCAUACCCAUCUCCAGCCGAUUCAGCAGUAUCCGACAGUCCUGUAUCUCCCGUGUCCCCAAACUUAGAUAGUGGAGGCAGCAGAGCUCGAUUCCGACUCCGAGUCACACGAAGCGGCUCGAAGUUCUUAUUGUUACUUGGGCUGGGGACUUCUUCGAAUAGCAACAAGACAAGCAUCAACACAAGAUCAGGCGACGAUGCUCCAAGCCCUGAUGGCGAUCGGCAUAUCCCAUCAGCUCCACGCGCUGACCAAUUCACUCCGAUUUAUAUGACAAGCAGUUGCUUCCUCGAGACCAAACCCCUCAUCAAUAACACAUCUGGCAACACACAGCUGGAAGUCCCAGACAAUUCCUCACAGGAUCUGGCCAAUGACCAACCCCCGGAUCGUAAGAUUGACGGCCAAAUUCAAGAGGAGAAUACCCAACAAAAUCGCGUUGAAGGAGACGACGUUCAUGACAGCAUUCCCCCCGAAUCCCAAGCUCCGUCAAACUCGAGAUUGGUGGACCGCGUUUCUCAAAAACUCUCGUUAACAUUCGGACACCCAACGGUGGUACAUCGCACUCACUUCCGCCCCAGACCUAGUGCCAUUUUCUCGGACUUUCCGAUCUCGAGAAGUAAUUCCUACAGACAAGGGGAUGGAGCCAAUGAUGACAGCUCGGAUCCUUCAACACCUCCAAGCGGUAGUGAUUCCCCCAUUGGGUGUUCAAAACCUUGGACUCCGGUGACCUCCGCAGAGCCAUCUCCUUCUUCAUUGGAGAAACAUAAAGGCGAAGCGAGAGAAUCGUCCGCUGUCUCAAACUCUAUUUCAAGGCCAAGUUCGACAUCAAGUGGCAAGUCGACUACCACCGCUCCAUCGAUCCUUACAGUGGAAGCUGCCACUGUCGCCAAGGUCUAUCUUGAGCUCUACUUCAACUCCAUUUUUGAAAAUAUAGACCCGCGCGUUCAUCGCCAGUAUGAGCUGGAGCAGCACAUCUCUGCAUUUCACCUUGGAUCCGAAGAGCAGGAAGCUACGCGACGCAACUGGGCCCAACAGGAGAAUGAGUAUCUGCGGCAAUUUCGAAAUUUGAAGACCCGCAUGAGAACCCCGCGUAUCAACCAAGCAGCCUCAAUUGCUGGAUACGAAGUUAUCACAGUUCUGGGCAGAGGAAGCUUUGGGGUGGUGCGUUUGGUGCGUGAGAAAAACCCGGAGCAACUUGCCAAGGACACUCAUGGGAGCCAAGCACACGAUCCCAAUAUUUCCAGCGCAAUGAGACCACAUCUUGAAGCAUUAAGAUCGGCCAUGGAUGGAGCUAGACAUAGCAAACGCAGGAUCAUGGCAGGCGAAAAGAAGGAAGUUUAUGCAAUGAAAGCAAUCAAGAAAUCCCACAUGGUCCGCAAUUGCCAGGAGGGUCACAUUCGAGCAGAAAGAGACUUUCUCGUUGCGUCUGAAAAGUCUCGUUGGGUUGUUCCAUUGAUAUCCAGUUUCCAAGAUGACAACUAUUUAUACCUCGUCAUGGACUACAUGGUCGGCGGGGACUUCCUCGGGCUUUUGAUUCGGAAGAUUACUCUACGUGAAGACUGGACACAGUUCUACAUUGCUGAAAUGGUUCUGUGCAUUGAGGAAGCUCAUCGGCUUUCUUGGAUCCAUCGUGAUAUCAAGCCAGACAACUUUCUCAUAUCAGCGUCCGGACACCUAAAGAUCUCCGACUUUGGAUUGGCUUUCGACGGACAUUGGUCUCAUGACCAGGCAUACUACAACAACCACCGCUAUUCUCUCUUAGAGAAACUUGGAAUUGCCAUCACAGGGGAUGCAGAGGAUCAGGUCCAAGCCGCAGAAGCGGAAAAAGACCCAAACCUUGAUCACAACGCAAAAGGGUAUCGGGUGCCUCAAACGGGUCUUCUCGCAUGGCGGAACAGGAAAGAGCGACGGCGAUUUGCAAAGAGUGUUGUGGGAACGAGUCAAUAUAUGGCACCAGAGGUCAUUCGGGGGGAGAUGUACGAUGGAAGAUGCGACUGGUGGAGUUUGGGCGUAAUUCUCUACGAGUGUCUAUAUGGCUUCACCCCCUUUGCCUGUGAAACUCGCCAUGAUACCAAGAUCAUGAUUCUUCAACACUCGCAGUAUUUGCAAUUUCCGAGAGAGAGUUCAACGGACAAAUCAGUAUCACUGGAAGCUAUUGACCUCAUUAGAAGCCUCAUUCAGGAGCGCGAAUACCGACUGUCCUCGCCAAAAUAUCGCGCGAAUAACAUGUUGGCUGGUCGCCCUGCCUCCACUCACUACCUGUACUCCAUGGAUCCUCAAUACAAAGAUGUCACGAGCUACUGGGUGUACCCCGAUGACGCAGCUGAGAUCAAAGUCCACCCAUUUUUCAGAGGUAUCCGGUGGAAUGAUCUCCAUAUAACGGUUCCCCCAUAUAUCCCUAGAGUCAAAGACUGGGAGGACACUCAUUACUUCGAUGACUGGAAGGACAUUGAGAAUCUGGAGAAUCUGGAGGACAGCGACACAGAAAAAGAGUCCGAUGAAAACGCCAGCACAAAGCCUCAAGCUGCAUCCGCCGAUAAUGUGGCCUCGCCUUCCCCUGAUCCUCCACUCAUCAAGCGGCCGGUGCCAGGAGGAGACGCCAUUUUCCCAGCCACACCCAUUGAAGCUGUUACGCCUAGUGCGCCCAAGCAGAACCCCGAGAAGCAAAAGGAAAGAAAACGGCCUCGAGACAAGAUCCUGCGGGAUAGAAAAGCAGGCAAGACAGCCUUGGAGAUUCGGAAGAAAGGUGCCUUCUUGGGAUAUACAUACCGACGACCGAAAAGGCCAGCCAUGGCCUUGAGGAGUGAACGAGGACGACAGCCAUUCGUCAGGGGAGCGCUCGCAGAUCUCUAUGCCCUAUGA